ACCACAAUGUAUAGCCACUACACCCUUCUUUUUUCACGAAGGAAGAGACGAGCGCUUCGCCACGAUGGUCGAAGGACUGGCUGUUUUGAUUCUUCUUAGUAGAAUGUCUCUGAUUCAGAGUCAAGAGGUUCCUCAGCAAAUCUCUUUGAUUGUGGCUGAACUUGGGGAUGACUUGAAUCUGACAUGUUCAGUCUCUGGGGAGCAACCCAGGUUAUUGUACUGGUAUAAGCUGAGUUUUGGAAAUAUGUUCCAAAGGGUUGUUGUAGGAUACCUGGACUACCCAGCACUUGAAGAUCCCUUUGACAGCUCAAGAUUCAGUGUCACAAAAGCGGGUGAUGUGUUUUCUCUCACUAUAAGAAAUAUAAGCAAAGAAGAUGAGGCAACACAUAUCUGUCAAGGAGGAAAUUCAUACACAAUGGCAUAUUUCAAUGGCACAGUGUUGGCUGUAAAUGAUCCCAAACAACAGCAGAAAUUUGUCCACGUGGAACAAAGUCCAGAUGAGGAGUUGGUCCCACUGGGAAACUCAGUGACUCUGAGGUGUUCACUUCUCUACAAGAACAAAGAAAACACAGGUCGGUGUCCAGGAGAACACCGUGUGCACUGGUUCAGAGCUGGAUCAGAAACAGUUCCAGGCAUCAUUUACACUGACAGCACCUGUAGUGAUAAACCGGAGGAAAGGAGCUGCGUCUACCGUCUGUCCAAAACCAUAAGAGAGGACUCUGAUGCGGGAACGUAUUACUGUGCUGUGGCCAUGUGUGGACAGAUCCUGUUUGGUCAAGGAACUAAAGUGGAGACACUGAUUUCAGUACAAGGAUGGGACCCAACUACCAUUGUGCUUGGAAUACUGUUGGCUCUCUGCGUGGUGGUGAUCGCAGUCCUUAUUUUCUCAAGAGACUAAAGCUCUCCAUGUCCCUCUAACUGAAGUGAAAGCAAACAGUCUGAAGAAGAAGCUUGACUGACAAAGAAAGUUGAUAACUGCUGUUGUGAUGUCCAUUAUUUCUGAUUGGAGUUUUUUUGUUUUGACAUCAAUGACAAUGCUGAUUUUGGUCUUGGCACAUUUGUGUCAUAUUGUUGCUGUAUUACUUAGCUCUACACUGAUUGCAAAGAUGUUCAACUCUGUUAAACGCAAUA